AUGUCUAAGUCAUGGCAGACUGUCUAUUCAAUGGAAAAUACUCCGUUAUCUCCUACGUGCCCUUGGCUUCUCCUUGCAGAAGAAAAGGAACAAAAAAGUCAUACACGCGUCUUUUACAACUUAUUUGACGAUGAAUUUUACAACUUCAAGUUGGCUGAGCUUGCUGGAAAAAAAUGUAUUGGAACAUCUUUUGGAUGGUUGCUCAGUGUAGGCACCGAUUUCCAGAUGAAUCUCUUUCAUCCAUUGUCUAAACACCAGUUAAGUCUUCCGCCUCAUCCAUAUGUUUGGGAAGGUUAUAAUCGCAAUUUUGAACUCAAUCCUAUAGAUUACAAUGAUAUCUUUCUUUACAAGUGUGUUUUAUCAAGGAAUCCGUGGAACUCAGUAACUCAUGAAUAUGAUCGUGAUUGCAUAAUCAUGAUUAUCCAUACUAAUUAUAAAACAUUGGCCUUCACUAAACCGGGAUAUAAGGCUUGGAUUGAUAUAAAAUGUGAUUCUCGAAAUUUUUAUGACAUUACAUUCUACAAGGACAAAUUUUAUGCCGUAAACAAUCAUGGCGACGUUUUUGUUUGUCACAUUGAAGAUGAUAUUGCAUUCGCUGAACGUAUUGCAAUCUACAAGGAAACUGAGGAUUAUAUCCAUAAGUAUCUUGUUGAAUCAUCGGGGGAUCUUUUGUUGGUUUCACGCAUACAAGGCGGCACUCAUUAUCAGGACAAUGAAUUCAUUAAUGAUGACUCUGAAGAUGAAGAUGAGUCUAUAGAUGAAAAUCCUUAUGUGACACUUGGGUUCACAGUUCUAAAAUUAGAAUGUUCUACUGAAGUGAAAAACAAGAAUGAAUACGAGUGGGUGAAUGUUGACAGCUUGGGUGAUCAAGCAUUGUUUGUGGGUGGCAAUUCAUCAGUUUCUUUGUCUGCAUCAAGCUUUAAUGGAUGCAAAGCUAAUUGUAUCUAUUUUAUAGAUGACAAUUUUGACUUCUUUCUUGCUACCUUAAAUGGUGGAGGGUAUGGCAUGGGUGCAUUUAGCAUGGAAGAUGGAAACAUUAAGCAGCAUUACCGAGGGGAAUCGCCCUCUUACUUUGCUCCUCCAGUCUGGUACAUUUAA